AUGGACGGGCUUGUUCGCGACAACGCCGGCCUUACCGCUUCCCCCGCCGUACCUCCUGCCGCACCUUCCGCCGCGAUCGCCGGUCUCUCCCAGCCCGUUGAAAGCGCGCUCUACCUCUGGGGAUUCAAUAUCCGCGGGCAGACCAGCCACCGCGCGGGGCUGCGGGGGGAUCCGCGCACGUGGCGCUGCCAGCGCGCGCCGCUGCGGAUCGCGCGGGAGAAGUUCCGCGCGCGGGACGGGCGGUCCGUUGCGCUUGUUAGCGUGGCGUGCGGACUGGAACAUAGCGCAGCGGUGGGGAUCGAUGGGAGCCUGAUCACGUGGGGGUCGAACGAGUAUGGACAGUUGGGUGACGGCACAGAGCAGAGCAGCAGGUGCGUUGACUCCGUUGACUCCAUUGACUUGACUUUCCCCCUGGGGAUUGAUGGGAGCCUGUCUACGUGGGGGUCGAAUGAGUACAGGCAGCUGAGCGACGGAGCAGCAGGUGAAGCGGUGACUGCUGUGGCGUGUAACGCGCAGUGCCCUGCAGGCAUCAACCCCUCCUCUGUUUCCCUCGUCUUCACUCCUCUCCGUCCUCUUCUUUUCCCUCGUCCCACGAUUUCCCUACAGGGAGCCAAUAAGAAUUCCAACCUCCCUCGUCUCAUGCGAGGGGCCUUCCCUCCCAAAACGGUGUCUUGUGGCGACUCACACGCUGCUGCCGUGUCCAACACUGGGCUGCUGCAGACAUGGGGCUACAACGAGCAUGGGCAGCUGGGCAUCGGCAGGGUGUGCGAUGGUCUACAAAAGCCGCACCUGGUGACCUCCUUCCAGCGCUUUUUGGACGAUCCUCCCCUGACCUGCCCGGACGGAAUUCAUAUUCUGGCAGUGGCGUGUGGGGGGUUUCACACUGCUGCUGUCGAUUCCCGGGGCGAAAUGGCGUGUGAUGGGCUGCAGUGGCCGGUGCUGCAGCAGCCGCACCUGGUCUCCUCCUUGCAGCGCUUCCUAGACGACCCUCCCGUGACCUGCCCCGAUGGCAUUCGCAUCGUGGCCGUGGCAUGCCGGUUGCUGGGGCACCCCUGGGGCACCAAACGCUGCAGGCUGGGGCAGCUGGGGCACCAAACGCUGCAGGCUGGGGCAGCUGGGGCACCAAACGCUGCAGGCUGGGGCAGCACGUGCGAGGUACACGUGGGGAGGGGGGUUACUGGGGAAGCUGGGGCGUCUAGGCAGCAUCUGAAUGCGAAACCAUGUGCCCUCUCUCUCAUUCCUUCACCCUCUGUGCAUGCCAGGUACACGUGGGGCGGGGGGUUACAGGGGCAGUUGGGGCACCGAACGCUGCAGGCCCGGGGUGGCACGUGCGAGGUGUUGCCGAGGCGGGUGGGGGCGCUUGAAGGGGUGUCAGUGACGCAGGUGGCGUGUGGCCGCACCCACACAUGCGCUCUCACCCACAGGGGCGCUCUCUACAUCUGGGGAGCUGGCAGAGACGGCCAGCUAGGCACAGGCCCCACCUCCGCCUCCUCUGCUCCCACCUCUUCCUCCUCCUCACUCCCCUCCUCCGCCUCAUCCUGCCCGUCCUUCCAGCACCUACACACCGGCUUCACCACCACUACCACUGCCAGCAGCAACAGUAGAUUCGGAGUGCCGUUUGGAGGGGGGUUUGGAGGAGGGUUUGGAGCAGGGGCGAGUGGGGAUGGAUGCUCGUCACUGGACUUUGUGAGGGGGUUGGUGCAGCGCCUUCCACUGCUGCUCAUGCCCAAGGGCGUGCGGCUUGUUACUUGUGGGCAGGACCACAUGCUAGUGGCCAUGGCAGACGACCAGGUCCUGGGGUGGGGUUACAACAGCUGUGGGCAGGCGGCAACUGGAAGAGAGUCCUAUGCAUGGAUGCCCAUGCACGUGGACUGGUGUGUGGGCAAGGUGCAGGCACUGGCAGCAGGGGGAGGCCAUUCCGCUGUUCUCACUGUCGCAGACUCGCUGAAACUCCUCGCUGAGUUCCGAUUGGCCCAUUCCCUCGACUUCUCUCUUCGCCGCCCGCGGGGAUUAGUAUCAAAGUGUGCGGAAAGUUUUGACGGGCUGCCCAGGGGCGGGGAAGGGAGUGAAGAGGAAGAGGAUGGGGAAGUGAUGCUGCGGCGCCAGCUGGCUUUGGCGGAACGAAUCGUGGAGGAGUCGCAUAGGCUCGGGGCUGACUCACUCGUGCGCUACAGCCUGCAGUUCUGUUUUGUGUUUCCUCCUAUCCUCGUCCGAAUCGCCUCUCUCGUUUCUUCUCUCUUUCCGCCUCCGGACAUGGCGAAAGAUGAGGAGGAGAGGGAGGGAAGGACGGCUCGCAGAAGCAAGAGUAGGAGUCGCAGCCGAAGCAGGGACCGAGACCGAGGUAGGGACGGUGACAAGGUGAAGGAGAAAGAUCGAGGUCGGGAUAAAAAGCGCGACCGCGACAGGGAUAAGGCGAGCGACAAGGAUAAGAAAGGCGACAAGGAUAAGGCGGGUGACAAGGAUAAGGCGGGUGACAAGGAUAAGGCGGGUGACAAGGAUAAGACGGGCGAUAAGGUUAAAACGGGCGACAAGGAUAAGGCGGGCGACAAGGAUAAGGCGGGCGAUAAGCCCUUGUCCUUGGAGGAGCUGCUGAAGAAGAGGAAAGAGGACGCCUUACAGCAGGCCAAGCCGGUGUUUCUGACCAAGGAGCAGCGGCAGACACUAGCGCUGCAGAGGCGCAAGGCAGAGGCGACGGCUCAGAUGAGAAAAAUCGAGAACCAACGGCGGGCGCUCAGAGGACUCCCUCCCCUGCCUGAUGAGAAUGCAGAGGACGGUGCAGCAGACAGCAAGGAGGGGGGAAAGGCUGUGGAUGCGGAUGGGGAGGAGGGGAAGAGGGACGAGGGACGAGGCAGGGAGGGCGCCUCAAAAACGGCUGGGGCUGGAGGAGCAGGCACGGACGGGGAGAGGGAGCUGGAGAUGAUCCGAGAGCAGGUGGGUCUGCUCUCUGUUUUGUUGGCCAGAUUAUGUUCUCGUUAUCCCUCCCUCCCUCCCUCCCUCCCUCCCUCCCUCCCUCCCUCCCUCCCUCCCUCCCUCCCACCCUCCCUCCCUCCCUCCCACCCUCCCUCCCUCCCUCCCUCCCUCCCUCCCUCCCUCCCUCCCUCCCUCCCUCCCUCCCUCCCUCCCUCCCUCCCUCCCUCCCUCCCUCCCUCCCUCCCUCCCUCCCUCCCUCCCUCCCUCCCUCCCUCCCUCCCGCCCUCCCUCCCUCCCUCCCUCCCUCCCUCGAUCCCUCGCUCCCUCGCUCCUUCCCUCCGUUCCUCACUACCUGUCAACAUCUCAGUCAAUGCUUCCAUACCAACAUCUCCCUCCCUAAACCUUCCGGCAUCAAGCUCUCCAUUCGUCGUCUCUCCCGACCAUCUUUUACCUUUUUCCCCUUUUCCCCUCCCACCCUCCCCCUCCCCUUUUUUUGCACCACCUUUUCCCGUUUCCCCCUCCCCCUCCCCCUCCCUCCCCUCCCCUCCCCUCCCCACCCUCCACCCUCCCUUCCCUUGGUGCCACCACCACGGCCAGUACCUGGGGCUGCGCAAGCCCAAAAAGCGAGUGAUCAAGCCGAGUGAGAAGUUCCGAUUCUCCUUUGACUGGGAGAACACCGAGGACACCUCACGCGACGUCAACCCCCUCUACCAGAACCCCCACGAGGCACAGCUGCUGUUUGGACGAGGCUUCAGGGCUGGUGUGGACAGGAGGGAGCAGAAGAAGCUUGCAGCGAAGAAUGAAGCAGACAUGCGGGCAGCCAUCCGGGAGAAAGAGGGUGUGGAGGAGCGGCCAGAGGAUGCAGAGGCGCAGCAGAAGAGGGAGGAGGCUGCGAACGCGUAUGACACGUUUGACAUGCGCGUUGACCGGCACUGGUCUGAGAAGAAGCUGAGCGAGAUGAACGAGCGUGACUGGCGCAUCUUCCGAGAGGAUUUCAACAUUGCGUACAAGGGCUCCAAGGUGCCACGCCCCAUGCGCAACUGGGAGGAGAGUGGGCUGUCAGCAGAGCUGCUGCGGGCCGUGAAGGAGAUUGGCUACACUAAGCCGUCGCCCAUUCAGAUGGCCGCCAUGCCCAUUGGGUUGCAGCAGAGGGAUGUCAUUGGCAUUGCCGAGACUGGUUCCGGCAAGACAUGCGCGUUUGUGCUGCCCAUGCUGACGUACAUCUCGAAGCUGCCGCCCAUGACCGAGGCCAACGAGGCGGAGGGGCCGUACGCCGUUGUCAUGGCGCCCACUCGGGAGCUGGCGCAGCAGAUCGAAGAGGAAACUGUGAAAUUCGCCCAGUUCAUGAAUCUCCGAGUUGUGUCGAUUGUGGGAGGCCAGUCAAUUGAAGAGCAAGGCUUCAAGCUGCGACAGGGCUGUGAAAUCGUCAUUGCCACGCCUGGAAGGCUGUUGGACUGUCUGGAGCGGCGCUAUGCCGUGCUGAACCAGUGCAACUACGUGGUGCUGGAUGAGGCUGAUCGCAUGAUCGACAUGGGCUUCGAACCUCAAGUGACGGGAGUGCUGGAAGCCAUGAACACAACAUUCCUCAAGCCAGAGAGCGAGGAUGCAGAGCUGGACGCUUCCCGCAUCUACCGGGUGACCUACAUGUUCUCUGCCACCAUGCCUGCAAGUGUCGAGAGGCUGGCCAGGAAAUACCUCCGCAACCCCGUCGUGGUGACCAUCGGCACGGCAGGCAAGGCGACAGAGCUCAUCACGCAGAACGUGUUCAUGGUGAAGGACUCGGAGAAGAUCUCCCGCCUGCAGCGCCUUUUGGAAGAGGUUGGGGAGGACCGCACGGCCAUUGUGUUUGUCAACACCAAGAAGACAGUCGAUGGUGUUGCCAAGCAGAUUGACAGGAUGGGGUUCAAUGUGACCUCGCUGCAUGGAGGCAAGACACAGGAGCAGCGAGAGGUCAGCCUGGAGGGCUUCAGAACCAAGAAGUUCAACGUGCUGGUGGCAACAGAUGUGGCGGGCCGUGGUAUCGAUAUCCCGGACGUGGCACAUGUCAUUAACUUCGACAUGCCAGGCAACAUUGAGAUGUACACUCACCGCAUCGGGCGUACGGGGCGGGCGGGCAAGACGGGCGUGGCGACCACCUUCCUCACGCUGCAUGACUCGGAGCUCUUCUACGACCUCAAGCAGAUGCUUACCCAGAGCGGUUGUGUCGUACCUCCUGAACUCGCCCGGCACGAAGCUGCCAAAUUCAAACCAG